AGGUACAGGGAGGGGCGCGAAACUUCUUCUCUCGCUCCGAUGGUGUUUUGAGAAUUAGGGUUUUGAAGUCGGCGAUUCAGGAGCUCAAUCUUCUUAUUCUUCCGGAAAAUUGAAAAUUUGGGGUUGGUUUUACAGCCAUAUCAGAUGGGGGAGCCAUCAUUUUUUGAUGGAAUGAUCAGACAACUUCGAGCAAAAUGCAAGUACUACACUGGUUAUCCAAAGGAUCUUGGACCAUCACGGGUUAUUCAUUUUACCUCUGAACGCCAGUUUGUCCAGCUCCUUCAUGAAGGUCACCCUGUGGUUGUUGCAUUCACCAUAAGGUGUAAUUACACAAAUAAUCUUGACAAAGUAUUGGAGGAAGCUGCAGUAGAGUUUUAUCCACAAGUAAAAUUUAUGCGAGUUGAAUGUCCAAAAUAUCCUGGCUUCUGUAUAACAAGGCAGCGGAAAGAAUAUCCAUUCAUUGAAAUAUUUCAUAGUCCUGAACAGGCUUCUAACCAAGGAAGGGUGGCUGAUCCUAAUAUUACAAAGUACUCUGUGAAAGUUUUACCUUUCACUUAUGACCUUAGUGCAUAUGGAUUUAGAGAAUUUUUCAAGCGCCAUGGAAUAAAGUAAUUGUUGGGAAGGAUUCUGGUGAGGAAUGAGUUCGUUCAUUUUUGUUGUUCAUCUGAUAUAAGAACCGGACUUUUUUGUAACUUGGUUAUGCCAUAGAAAUUAUCACUCUCUUAUGAAAUUGGAAAAUCCAAGCUGUUUUGAGAUUGCAAAAUUUGUCAAACUCUCUAUGUGAUUCUUUUCUGGUCCUGUUUAUUUUA